AUGUCUCCGGAUCCCAAGCCGCCACCUGACCGGGCACGUCAGCACCUGGAACCCGGGGCCCCGGACUUCCGGGCCAGCCUCCGUGCUGCGGGGCACGUCGGGAGGAGGAGAAGCCACGCCCACCAGGCCUGGGGCCGGCGGCAGCUGUUCCAUCCGGACUACAGAUCCCAGAAUGCUAUGCUCCGCACGUGCGACCCGGAGGCUCCUGCGGGCCAUGACUCACUGAGCACUCACCCUGAAUCAGGCCCAUCAGUGCCCUUGAGGGCUUUAAAACCACAUCUCCGUCAGUAUGUUCCGAAUCCCCAUUUGGAAGAUGAGGAAACAGGCUCGGAGAGGUGGAGUAGCUUGCCCCAGGAUCCACAGCUGGCGACGUUAGGAGUCAGGAUUGGAACCCAGAUCUGGUUGCAGAACCGAACGCACCUUCCGGGGCACUAUCCAAGGGGUGGGACUGCUGCCCUCCUCCGAGCUGUGCCGCGGUUGCCAGGGCUGGCUGUGUGCAGAAGGCCUCUCUACGGGCUGCAGUGCUGCAGUGGACAGGAUUUCAGGAGAUGGCUGGGGAGCAGGUCGCCCACCUUGAAGGAGACACCACCGGGCACAGAGACGGAGAAAUUCCAGAUGAUCUACCGGUUCGAGGCCAUCAGAGCCUUUGGGUACGUGUCUAAGCUGAAGGUGGCGCAGACAGCUCUGACCGUGGUGGCUCUGCCGCCUGGCUUCUACUGGUACUCCCAGGGUCUCAUGACUUACAACGACCUGUGCCUCAUGGGCGGGAUAGCCGGCUUCGCCCUGGCCAUGCUGUACUGGAUGAGCUAUUUCUUCCGGAGGCUGGUGGGCAUCCUGUACGUGAACGAGUCUGGCACCACGCUGCGAGUGGCCCACCUGACCUUCUGGGGCUGGCGGCAGGACUCGUACUGCCCGGUGGCCGAGGUGAUACCUAUGUCAGACACCCAGGACCGGCCCCAGGAGAUUUUCGUUCGGAUCCAGCAGUACAGUGGGAAGCAGACCUUCUACCUCACCCUGCGCUACGGACGCAUCCUGGACAGAGAGCGCUUCACACAGGUGUUUGGGUCACUGGACGCGCUCAAGUGAACGACUAGGGACUGGGCUUCUGGGUUGCCCUGGGCCACCUGGAUCUCCGACCGAAGGCUGAGGGUGUGGGCGAGGCUAACGAAGGGGUUCUGACAGCCAGAGACCUUGCCAGGCCCCCUGGGAAACGUGACCGUUGGGAUGAAGAAAACCAGGAGGUGGACGCUAAUAACCCAGCUUAGGGAAGAGGCCUUGGUACAAAUGCUUAACCACACUUGCGCAUGACAGUCAGUUAGAUAAUGGGCAGAAGUUUCUGUUAAGAGCCAGUUCUUGGAAGAAGCUAUGCCCGGUUCUCUCUACACACAGUGCUGUGCAGUGGGGAGGUGGUGUGGCAGGGGGAACGCUGGAAUUGGAGACAGAAGACUUGGACUCUGUUUGUCCUUAACUCCCUGUCCUGGGUCAGGUGAUUGAGUCUCUCUGGGCCUUGUUUUUCACAUUUGUAACAUGGAAAACCCUGCCUGUCUCCUUGGGUGGGUGUGAGAAUAAACAGGAAAUGUCAAGUACUAUGCAAACACAACAUUAAGUGUUAGUUCAGAGGUGAUGGCUUGGUGGACCCAGCAGCAGGUGGGACUGGGGUGAAGCCUAGAGGUGGGUCAUUUUGCUCUGCUGGAUGGUAAUUGCACAACUGGGGCGGGAGUGUCAUCUGAGCAAGCACAGCACACCUGCCAGGACUCCACUACCCAGAGGUCUAGGGCUCUCACCUCAAUGCCUCUGUGAACUUCGUGUUCCUGGCCAAUUUUUUUCCUGAAAAAUAGGUUCUCAAACCCUGGCUUUCUGUGCAGGAUCACCUGGAGUGAUUUUUUAAAAUAUUGUUACUUAGGCCCAUGACUAGGUCUCCCAGGUGGUUCUCAUGCACCUGGGGUCCCACCACACUGGGAGGCGAGAGUCUGGAUUCUCACCAGCCUGGGCAUGAAAGAACUUCCACUUCGAUGCUCGAUGCUUACGCAGAACCAGCAGAGGGCACACAGAGCAAACGCAUCACCCAUGCCUUUAUUCCUGACCUAAAAUCACAGAUCACGUGACAAUGGGAAUUGGGUUGGACUUCUACUACACCUGUAGGGUAGGGCAGCACCUAAGAGCUGUCC